AGCCUUCUGCACCACGCCACAUUGCUCCCACACUGCAUAGUGCAUAUCACAGAGCUGAGAAGAAAUGGCGGAACAAGCUGCUUUCGAAGCUCCUUCUUCCGAUUAACUCUCCUUCCUCCUUCGCCUCUGUCUAUUUGAAGGAAAAAAACGAAAUUUCUCUGGUUAUUGCCUCACAUUGUUGAAGCAUGAGGGAGUCUGAACGGAAACUAGUUCAAAAGAACAAUCAAAAUAAGCGCGUUUCAAGGCCUGAGAGAAAAGGUCAGAGAGUACCAGAGAAGAAUGGUCGCAAAGUCUUGAAAGGGAAAGAAACUGGUAUUAAAGCUUCAUCUGCUAAACAAGACUCUCACACAUUAGUAAGCAAUCUAAACACAAGAACAGACCACCAUGAAGUUCAUGAAACUAUUGCUAUGCACUAUGUGGAUGACUUCAAUAAGUCUGAUGAAACAACUCGAGAGUCAGAACAGCUUGAGAUGGUUGACAAGGAGAGUAACAAUGAUUUUAGUGGUUAUUCAUGCGAGCAAGAAAAUGAUUCAACAAAGGUGGAAAUAGAAGAUGAAUCUGAUCCUGAGACAGUUCCUGACUCGGUAUCAUCUCACGGGGACCCACAAACUGCAGAGGAAGAAAAUAUAGAAAAAGCCUAUGAUAGCUCUUUGCUUGCACCCUCUGCAAAUUCUGAUAACAAUUUACAAAGCAAUGUGUCAAAAUAUGCACCUAAGAAUGCUUUUAAAUCUGCAAAAGGUCUAUCUACAGUACCAACUAACUCUAUAAAUGGUAAUUCUAAAAAUAUUAAAGUCCAUCCAAAAACAAUGUCUGAGUCCUCAGAAGAGGGGGAUGAUGGACUUCUUGGAGAGGUUAAGCAAGCAGAUACAAAGGAUGAGGCUUCCAGCAGUAAUCAAAGUUUUGGAAGUGAUGAUGAAGCAGUCCAUACUGCAGAGCAUGUUGAUACCGAAGGCAAGGCUAGUUUAGAGCAAAAGGUGCUGGAAAUGGAAUCAAAGAUUGAGAAACUUCAUGAGGAGCUGAGAGAAGUUGCUGCUCUUGAAGUUGCACUCUAUUCUGUGGUACCUGAACACGGGAAUUCAUCGCAUAAGGUGCACACACCAGCAAGACGCCUUUCUAGACUCUAUAUUCAUGCUUGUAAAUACUGGUCUCAAGACAAACGAGCUACGGUUGCUAGGAAUAUCGUUUCAGGCCUUGUUCUGGUUUCCAAGUCAUGUGGUAAUGAUGUUCCAAGGUUGACAUUCUGGCUAUCAAAUGUUGUUGUUUUGAGAGAAAUCAUUUCACAAGCAUUUGGAAGUUCGUGUAGCUCAAGCUCUAUUACGCAAGUACAUGAGUCCAAUGGAAGAAAAACUUGUGAUUGGAAAAAUUCUUCUCUAAAGCGGAUCAGCAAUUCUGGAAGCACACAAUUAGAGAAGAAUGGUGUGUUGCAAUUUAUUGAGGAUUGGCAAGAAUCAAGAACUUUUACAGUUGCCCUGGGGAGAGUUGAGUCCUGGAUUUUUUCUCGCAUAGUUGAGUCAAUAUGGUGGCAGGCCUUUACUCCAAAUAUGCAAUCUCACAUUAAUGAUCUAUCAGCCAAAAAGGCUGUUGGGAAAUUAUUUGAACCUGCCUUGGGUGACCAACUGCAAGGGCGCUUAUCGAUCGAUCUAUGGAAGGAUGCUUUUGAAGAUGCUUCUAAAAGAUUAUGUCCUGUUCGCGCUGGUGGACAUGAAUGUGGCUGCUUGCCUGUUUUGGCAAGAAGGGUAAUGAAACAAUGUGUUGCCAGAUUAGAUGUGGCUAUGUUCAAUGCUAUUCUCCGUGAGUCAGCUCAUGAGAUCCCGACUGAUCCCGUGUCUGAUCCAAUAGUUGAGUCAAAGGUUUUGCCUAUCCCGGCUGGGGAUUUGAGUUUUGGAUCUGGCGCUCAGCUAAAGAAAUCAAUUGGCACUUGGUCUAGAUGGCUAACAGAAUUGUUUGGCAUGUCUGUUGAUGAAUCUGGGGAAGAUGCCCUUGGCAACACUGAGAAUAGAGGGGGUGGAAAUGAACGAAACCACUUCAAUCUUCUCAAUGCCUUGAGUGACCUACUAAUGCUUCCAAAAGACAUGCUUAUGGAUUCAACCAUCAGAAUGGAGGUUUGUCCAUCAAUCCAUCUUUCAUUGCUCAAGAGAAUACUCUGCAAUUUCUCACCAGAUGAGUUUUGCCCCGACCCUGUCCCUGGUGCCGUGUUAGAAGCAGUCAAUGCUGAGUGCAUCAUAGAGCGCAGAUUAUCCACAGAGCCCAUGGGCAGCUUUCCUUAUCCAGCUGCUCCAGUAGUAUACACUCCUCCUUCCUCGGCUGAUAUUGCAGAAAAGGUUGCAGAGCUCGACCGCAAGUCUCAGUUUUCUCGAACCUCUUCUUCUAUACAGAGGAAGGGACACACGAGCGAUGAAGAACUCGAUGAAAUUGGUUAUCCUCUUGCAUCCAUAGUUCCUUACAAGACAACAUCACCUACAGCACACUCCCAGAAUGGAGACGUUGAAGGUAGGUUAGGACCCAAUGUGAGGUAUGAACUUCUCCGGGAAGUUUGGCGAGCCACAUAGUUGUAUACUUCUCUUAAAAAAAUCUCAAAAUUUUACAGGGAAAAAGGAGUGUUGUUCCCAUGGAUAGAUAUAUGAGAAAGGUAAAGAACUAUUGACUCUCUUUCAUAUACAAAAUUUGCACAUUUUGUGCAAAUAUCUAGUGUAUUUUCUUUACCCACAUCAGCAGUUUGAAUACAUUCAAUGCAUUAAAGGAGGCAGAACUCU